CCGAGAGGUCGUCUGGUAAUGGUUCCGUUAUCUUAGCUAACGUUAACUCUCGACGUCAACCUGAAAGGACGAGCAGUGAGUGCCAUUGGACGACAACCGGACAUGACAACCUCCGCCAAACCUGCGGUGAUCAUUGUGGGCGCUGGCAUUUUUGGACUCAGCACGGCCUUCUAUCUCGCGGAGGAUGACUACGACAUCACAAUCUUCGACCAGCAUCCCUACGAUCGGGGCGACGGUUAUAAACUGAACCCCGGGUCUACAGCAGCGUCCGUCGACGAGAACAAGAUCUUCAGAGCUUCGUACGGAGAUGAGCUCUACUACCAGAGGCUCGCUUAUGAGGCGCGAGAGAUAUGGAAGCAAUGGAACGAGGAACUUGGUCCAGGCAAAGAACUUUUCGUCGAGUCGGGGAUGCUACGAGUCCAACACUCAAGCCAUCUCGACGGGCUCGAGAAGAAGACGCUUGCAAAUAUGACCGCAGAGGGCCUUCGUGACACGCAAUACAUCCUCUCAGACGGCGAUGACGUCCGCCGCGCGACGGAGAAGGGGUGGGUGCACAAGAUGUUGAAGUUUCCCAUUCCAGAGACCGGCGGCCAGGAGACAUUUGAGGCGGUUCUGGACACUACGGCGGGAUACGUGUACCCUAGCCAGGCCUGCGCGUAUCUUGCGGAAAAGCUACGGAAGAAGGGUGCACGAUUCAUCGAAGGCCCCGAGAAAGGCGAGUUCGCCUCGCUCCUCGUGGAAGGCUCGGAACAUUCGAGGCGAGUCACCGGCAUUAGGACGAAAGACGGAGAGGAGCACACAGCAGAUCUCGUCAUUAUGGCUUGCGGAUCUGCAACGCCGAUGCUUGUGCCAGAAGUGAGCCGAGUCCUCGAGGCCACUGCGGGAAGCGUAGUCACCGUUCGCUUGCCCCCACGCGAAGAAGCGCAGGAACUCUGGGACAAGUACUCGCACGACAACUGGCCUGUGAUCAUAGGUCAUGAUCCGGACCCCACUGGGAAGACAGUCGGCAGCCGCAGCAUCUACGCCUUCCCCAGAACUGAGGACGGACUCAUCAAGAUAGGGUACCGCGUCACAAAGUAUACGAACUACGUCAAACUCCCCGACUUUGAUCGUCCGAUCUCCGUACCACUACGUCCUGAAGUGGACGACACCUCGUUACCGAUCAAGUCUGUGGAGGGGAUCAAGACUUUCGUUUCUACCUUCUUUCCCGAUCUUGCGCCACUACCUAUCAUCGCUACCAGACUCUGCUUCUACACCGACACCGUCGACAACUCCUGGCUGAUCGACUACCUUCCUGGACACAACGACACGCUCUUCAUCUGCACGGGCGGCAGUGGGCACGGCGCGAAGUUCACGCCUAUCCUCGGAAAGCAUGUACGAGAUGUCAUCCAGAAGAAGCCGAAGACGGAACUCACACAACACUGGAGAUGGCGUCCCGAGCUCCCUUUGAGCAACGGUCUGGAGGAGGGGCCGAACGGGCCCAGGACCUUUGACAAGCAAAAGAGGGCGACGCCAGAAGACCUCUGUCGUGCAGGAUGGUAGUAUGCUAGGUCUAGCAUGUAAGUUUUCGGGCUGGAGUCAUAGGAUUGUAAAUUUGUACUUUACCUCAACGGUACUCACUAGACGUGCGAAAGGGAUACCUGAGUCCGAUUUUCGAAUGAUAAUGAACAGUGCU